AAUUAUGUUUCAGUCAUAAAAAUCUCUUUGUUCGAUGCACUUAAAAUUUACCGGCUCUUAAAAUUCACAAUAAAUAUGAGUGGCAAAUCAAAAUUAUUAUUCUUGUUUUUAAUAGAAUUUCAAGUAUUUCUACCAAUAUCUUGUGUUAAAAGUCAGAUUUUGAAAGAAACAAUCGGAACCUAUAAUAAUACUGGAGGAAUAGUUCCAUUUGCUGUUGGAGGUAAACCUGCUGAAAAAGGAGAGUUUCCUUUUAUGGCUGCUUUAGGCUGGAAAGAUGAUGCAAAAAAUAUAACAGCUUUUCAUGCUGGAGGAAUGGUGAUUAGUAACAGAAUGGUUUUAACCUCUGCACAUGUUGUGUACAGAAAUGGCAAGCUACCUGAUGUAAUUUAUAUAGGAGGCAACCCUAUUUCAGAAAUAAAUUCUUUUUGGAUACCAAAUAUACAGUUUCAAGUAGUGAAUGUUACAAUUUUCCCCAACUAUGAUCCGACUCAGGGAUAUGAUGACAUUGCAAUAUUGCAAUUAAACGCACCUUCAAAGCUUAAAAAAGUGUGUUUAUGGCCCAGUCCUAAGCUGCCUAAUACUGACGCUACAGCCAUUGGAUAUGGACUCACUGACUUUGCUGGAUCACCUUCCAAUGAAUUAAUAAAGGUCAAUUUAACGAUAUUUCCAAUUGAUUAUUGCUAUGGGUUUUUCAAACGUGAAAGAAGAUUCGGAAUGGGCCUCACAAGCAGUCAAAUCUGUGCUGGUGAUGAUGCACAAGAUACCUGUCAGGGUGAUUCUGGUGGACCGCUAAUUACUAGACAUAACGAUAUAAUGUACGCUGUUGGAAUAACACAAUCAGGGCAGGCCUGUGCUGGAUUUCCACCAGCAAUUUAUACAAAAAUCUAUCCAUAUAUUGAGUGGAUAAAAUCAGUCCUGAAGGAGCAAGGAGAAUCAAUUGAGACAUGUGGAAAAGAUGUUCCAAAAAAAUCGUUUGAAAAAAAACGAUCCAGAACUGGCCGAGUCACCUCUAACUUCUCUCGAAUAAAACUUCAACAAAUUUUCUAUUUUUAGGAUAUUUGAAACGUCAAAGUAGUUAAUUUUUUUUGUUGGUUUUUGUCAGUUGAAUUGUCUUAAAAUUUGA